UAUCCUGGUGCGCCUUUAGUGCAGGCACAUACGACAUCCUCUGGCUUGGCUUGCAGUACUACCACUUGUGAGAAUUGAGAUGAGCAGCUGGGCAGGAGGGCAUCACUGUCCUGCUGCAUCCAUCCAUCUCGUACCAGUAAUUUACCAAACCUCUGCUCCUUUCCAUAAUCAAACACCACAGUGGGGGGUGCCACUUUAACUGAAACACCACCCCACACCACCUCAUCCCCCCUUCCUCCUCCUCCUCCUCCUCACUUGGCCCCUCUAGCGUUUCUCUCUUUCUCUCCCCCCUUUGGUGAGCACAAGGGGCAAUUGCUGAGGAGGAGGUAGCCAUGGCCUGAGGUUGCUGGUUUCUUCAUCGGCAGCUUCGUCUUCAGACUUUCGGCGUUCGCUGCAGUGAAGCGGUGCGCGGAAUUCUGCUCCUGGGUCACUGGGUGGUUGAGAUCAGAAAAGAUGGCAUGCUUUUCAUAUGUUCGUCUUCAAACUCGGAAUUUGAAACUAGCAUAUCCAGGCCUAACAAAGAAUCAGAUUCUUCUCAUGAUUGCUGAGCAGAAAUUUGAGCAAUCUGGAAAUAGGCUAAGGUGAGACAAGAAUCCAACUGACGAGUGAAAAGAUUGUUGCGAUCAGCCAGAGAUGAACAGCAAGGAGAUGUGCCAAGAACCGUGCGACGAGCUGUCCGAGAUCAGCAGCCAGGCGGCGUCCAACACCGAGGCCUCCAAUUCCUCCGGCCGGGUCAGCCUCGACCUCUCGCUCACGGUCGCCGCCGCCGCCGCCGCCGAGUCCAGCACCACCGACAUCAGCAACUGCAACAGCAACAGAGGCAGCGGCGGCGCGCAGGCCGAGGCGGCUGCCGUGGCUGCCCGGGAGCCGUCGCGCGUGUUCACGUGCAACUACUGCCAGCGCAAGUUCUUCAGCUCGCAGGCGCUGGGCGGUCACCAGAACGCGCACCGGCGGGAGCGCACGCUGGCCCGGCGCGCGCUGCGGCUCGACGCCGCCGCCCCCUACGGCUACUACGCCGACGUGGCGUCCCUGCCGCUGUACGGCUCCGGCCUGUACCCCAUCGGCAUCCAAGCGCACGCGUCGCCUGCGGCGCGCCCGGAGCAGCAGCCGCGGCACGGCGACGACGCCGCCGCCGCGCGCGCCGCCGAGCUGAAGCCCGCGCGGGGGCUUCUUGGCCCGAUGCCGUUCUUCGUGGGCGACGAUGAGGUGAGCUUCGGCUGGCCCGGCAGCUUCAGGCCGACCGCUGCCGCUGCCGUGCCGGCGGGGGGCGCGGCCCUCAACUCGGCUGGCGGCGCCGGCGACGUGCUCGCCGGCGAGGAGCCCGACCUCACGCUCAGGCUCUGAACUGAUCCGUCGACUAGACCCGGUGUAAUUCGUCAGGCUGUUUUCUUCUUCCUCUGGGAUUGAUCGGUUCCUGUUUGAUAUUGAUCGGAUCGUCACGGUCUCUCUUGCUCGACCAGGUCCCUCCUAUUGUUUCAUGCGUGCAAGAAUUUUUUGUACAGCAGUUGGAUGUGCAAGAGCUAGUGAUAUGUUCAGUGAUCUUUGCUCA